GUGGGAGGUGGUGCUGUUGCGCACAAGCCGCUAACCCCUGCGCAAACUCCAGUUCAACUGCAUGCACGUUCUGCGAUCGGACGUUGUGGAUAAUUGUCGACGCAGAGGAGGAUUUACAACUUCACAACGGGAGGAAAUGGCCAGCGAGCGGAAACCCCGGCUUUGUAUCAUAGCUAAAGCGGAGGGUGGCUUUGGGUUUCACUUACAUGGAGAGAAAGGGAAGAGCGGACAGUUCAUCCGCAAAGUGGAGCCCGGCUCUCCUGCAGAAGCGUCGGGGCUGCGCGCUGGGGACCGUGUGGUGGCAGUGAAUGGGGUGAACGUGGAGAAAGAGACGCACCACCAGGUGGUUCAGAGGAUCAAAGCUUUGGAGAAUGAGACCAGGCUGCUGGUGGUCGACAACGAGACCCACGAGAGCCUGCGCAGCCUGCGCCUCACGGCCACGGAGGAGAUGGCCGUCCUUGGGGUCGGGUCUCCUUCUUCCUCCUCCUCCUCCUCCUCCCCCUCCCACCCCCCCUCCAGCGUCCCCUCCACCCCGAGCAAGAAGCGGGAGAACGGCUCGGUGUCCAAGCAGCCGGUUGUAGCGAGCAACCAGGUGCAGAAGCCCACCAGGAGGUCCCCAUCCAAGGCUGCCAAGAAGGACGCUCUUGUCCAGGCCGAAGCGCUCUCCCAGUCCCAGCUUCAUCCCCAGUCGCGGCCCAAAGUGGAUCCGUCCGAGCUCGCCCCCCGGCUCUGCCACCUGGCUCGCACCGAGAUGGGAUACGGCUUCAACCUCCACAGUGACCGGUCCCGACCCGGACAGUACAUCCGCUCCCUGGACCCGGGGUCACCGGCGGAUCAUGCGGGGCUCCGACCGCAGGACAGACUGGUGGAGGUAAACGGUGUGAACAUCGAGGGCAUGCGGCACGCGGAGGUGGUGGCCUUCAUAAAGAAAGGUGGAGACGAGACCUGGCUGCUGGUGGUGGACCCCGACACGGACGACCACUUCAAGAGGAGGGGGGUCGUCCCCUCUGUCAGCCACAUCAAGGACUACGACGGUCCGUCCAUAUCCAACGGCUCCCCCACUCAGAUGAAUGGCAGCUCCACCACGCAGUCCAUGCGGUCGACGCGCUCCGACCUGAGCAGCCAGGGAAACAGCACACAGCUGGCGGAUGAGGAGGGCAACCGGCUGCUGGACCCGUUUGCCGAGAUGGGUCUGAGUCUGAGCGCGACGGCAGCCGAGGAGAAGAUGAAGGUCCACUCCAAAGAAAAGAGGAAGGCGCCGCAGAUGGACUGGAUGAAGAAGUACGAGCUCUUCAGCAAUUUUUAAGUCAUUCCUCUUUAACGACGUCAAAGACAGAGACAGGAGCUCGCCGCAGCCCUCUGCGUGGAAUGGGAUUGUGUCUGGAAGGACGUCCCGCUUACUUACACAAAUCAGAAACAGAACAACAGAGGAUGUUGACAAACGCAAAAAAAGAAGUUGUUGGAUGGAUUUAACUUUUUUUUAAACCGCUGCAGAGAGCCAGCUGCUUCUCCCUCUUCAAAGUGAUUACAGACUGCGAUAUUCAAACUCUUUUCAAUGGAGAGCGCAAACGGGAGUGUUGCAAAUAUAUUUUUCACAUAUUCUCCUAAAUCUGCAUCCUCCCAUGAUCCUCCCAUCCUCCCACGCUGCAAGAGACCGGUUUCUAACAAAUGAAGGAGACGUGUAUUUUUAUAUGAAAAAAGGAUGAAUAACAAACAGAAGCCCGUCAUCAUCAUGUACUGCAUUUUUCAGAGUUAUAUGGACACUGUGACAUUAAUGAUUGUGGACAUGGUGGGGGUCAGAAGAUCACUGUGAAGGAGGAGAGACCCUCCAGCACACACGCAGAGGACAGAGCGCCGUGUGGACUGUCCCUUUAAAAUGUAUAACAUAUGCUUUUUUUUCUGCUUUUUUUUUUACUCUCGUAUAGAGUUAAUGAACUGAUUAUCAGAUACGCCUUUACUUUACUCAACAAUACUUCAUGUUACAUGUUAUUUAGAACUCGUUUGUAUGACGUGUGUCACCACUAACCUCUUCUCCAGAAGUGCUCCAGAACGAAGGGAAGCACCACUAACUCUACGUCUUCAUACAGUUUUUUUUUUUUUUUUUUUAACGUAGAAGAAAGGAAGAUUUCUCAGGACAAACGAGUGUGUUAUGUGGAGACGGCUUCAUGUGUUCUAUAAAGGGUUAACGGCACCACAAAUAAAGGCCACACUUGUCCUGAAAGUGAACAGAGUGGAUGUUAAAGGGGACAUAUUAUGAAAAUUCUGACAGUGUUUUUGAACAUAUAUUUGGGUAACCUGAGUGUCUACCGA